CACACCUUCUGCGUGCAUCGAUCCACAGACCUGCUGCGUGCGAAGCCACCAGUUCAGUUUUUUUUUCUCUUUAGAUCUCAAGUCUUACGAAGUCCUGAAAGCCAUGGGUUUAAUGCUUCGCUUCCUGCUGCUAUCAGUGUUUGCCCUGUUGAGUGUGGCUGUAAAAGCUACAGAGUUCCACCACACCAAGAUUUCAAGGACUACCACAAGUGGUUACGGCGGAAGGCUAUUGCGUACGGACGCGAUGAACGAUGACGAAUCGAGAGGUCUAACGAUGCCCAUCGGUUUGAGAAUCAAGUCUUGGAUUAAGAAGGGAAAGCCUGACGAGUACGUCAUGAACAAGCUAAAACUCACUGGGCUGAUAGGAAGAGCUCUGACAGAAGACCCGAACUUCAAGUACUUCCAGAAAUUUAAGGUCGAUGGUUGGCUCAAGAAAGAAGCUAGUACUACGACAGCCUGGGACGAUCUUGACAUCGCUCUUGGCGAAGUGACCAAGGUGGACACGUUCAGAAUAUAUGAGCAGUAUAUUACGGAGUUGAACAAGAAGGCAGAGAACAUUCAUUGGGACCAGUGGUCGAACCUUUUUGGUGGGGGGUCCGAAACAGAAUUGGUGGCCAAAGUGUUGAUAUUGAAGAAAUUGGGGAGAACAAAUGCUUUCGAUAUAGGCAACAUGGUGGGUCUACUCGCAUACAGCAGACAAUUUGAAGAGAUUUAA